ACGUAAGUGUAAUUGGUCAGAACAGCGAAUCCUUCCCCCGUUUGGCGGGGGCUGGCUCAAGACGGCCAAUGAGUGCGCCGAAGCGGCUGACAGACGGGGUGGCGGACGGAGCGUGAGUGGUGGCCGGAGCUGAGCAGGCUGCCAUAGGUUUCAGAAACCAGAGAGAAUUAGCCAGCGUCCUGCUGGCCACGUUGAGAGGACAGCAUGGUGUCGAUACCAGAGUUCUACCUGGGCAAGAAUGUUCUCAUCACUGGAGCCACAGGCUUCAUGGGGAAGGUGCUGCUUGAGAAACUGCUGCGCUCUUGUCCUGGAGUCAAGACUGCAUACAUCCUCGUGAGAGCCAAGGCAGGCCAGAAUUCUCAAGCACGUGUGGAAGAAAUGCUCAACUGUAAGCUUUUUGACCGACUGCGGGAAGAGCAGCCAGAUUUCAAAGAGAAGGUUGUCGCCGUGAGCAGUGAAUUGACUCAGCCAGAGCUCGGUCUUAGUCAGGCUGACAAAGAUCUCUUGAUAUCAUGCAUCAACGUAGUCUUCCACUGCGCAGCCACAGUACGUUUCAAUGAAACUUUGAAAGAUGCAAUGCAGUUGAAUGUGGUUGCCACCCGCCAGCUCCUUACAUUUGCACAGUUGAUGAAGAAGCUCGAGGUGUUCAUUCAUGUUUCCACCGCCUACGCACACUGCAAUCGGAAGCAUAUUGAGGAGGUCAUUUAUCCACCUCCAGUUGACCCUAAAAAAUUGAUUGAAGCUCUGGAGUGGAUGGAUGAUGAUUUGGUUCAGGACAUUACAAGGAAACUAAUCGGUGAACGACCUAACACAUAUACCUAUACCAAAGCCAUGGCUGAAUAUGUAGUACAGCAGGAAUGUGGAAGCCUGAAUGUUGCCAUUGUUAGACCUUCCAUUGUGGGAGCCAGCUGGAAGGAGCCCUUUCCCGGCUGGAUUGACAACUUCAAUGGACCAAGUGGGCUCUUCAUUGCAGCUGGGAAAGGAAUCCUGCGCACAAUGAGAGCAGCAAACAGUGCUGUGGCUGACCUGAUCCCCGUUGAUGUGGUUAUCAACAUGACUCUGGCUGCUGCGUGGUACUCGGGAGUUCAUAGGUACAGCAGGCCAAGAAAUAUAUUGGUUUACAACUGUACCACAGGUGGCACCAAUCCUUUCCACUGGGGUGAAGUUGAAUAUCAUGUAAAUUUGUCCUUCAAGAUGAAUCCUUUAGAACGGGCAAUGAGACGCCCAAAUGUAAACCUGCGCUCCAAUCCCAUUUUGCAUCACUAUUGGAUUGCUGUCAGUCACACAGUGCCUGCAUUGUUUUAUGAUGCUUUUCUCAUGCUGACUGGUCACAAACCUCGGAUGAUGAAAGUCAUUAAUCGGCUUCACAGAUCAAUGAUGCUGGUUGAAUACUUCACAAGCCAUUCGUGGGUGUGGAACACAGAUAAUAUAAAUAUGCUCAUGAGUCAAAUGAGUCUGGAUGAUAAGAAGGUGUUUAACUGUGAUGUGAGGCAGCUUCACUGGGCUGAGUACAUGGAGAACUAUUGCAUGGGAACAAAGAAGUACGUACUGAACGAGGAGCUCUCCGGAUUACCUGCAGCCAGGAAACAUCUGAUCAAGUUAAGAAAUAUUCGCUAUACAUUCAACACAAUCCUGGUUGUCCUGAUCUGGAGGGUCUUCAUCGCAAGAUCACAGAUGGCGCGGAAUAUCUGGUACUUUGUGGUCAGCCUAUGCUACAAGUUCCUGUCGUACUUCCGGGCAUCAAGUACCAUGCGAUACUGAAAAACCCACAAGUACUCAGUCAUCUAUGCAUUUAUGGAUAGCUGUACUGGACAUUGAUAAAUUCUUGUGUUAAUGUUUGUACUAAAAAAAAAAGCUGUACCCAGUUCUAUUUUGUCAUGUAUGUAAAUUGUUAAGGCUACUUUAUUAUAAUUUAGGACAGCUAUCUAGCACCAUUCUAAGUACAGAAAUGCACUGAAAUACAGUGGAAAAACUAUUUCAGGGUUUAAAAUGAGCUUUAACACUGAAGGAAGAAUGAUAUGGGGAAAACAAGUUUAAUUUUUUCCAUUGAAUUAUUGUAUUGAAAUUUCUGUAGGUCAUGUCUGCUACUUCAGAGUUCAUGAAACAUGUCCUGUUGCAAGUGCGGUCUCUCCAUAAAUACUAAUCUGCUCAUAAUGCAUGCUUUUUAUUGUUUUACCUUCUGGUCACUGCAUAUGACAUUCAGUUUGAACUUCAGAGGUGUAAAAAUUAAACAGAAACAGGUCUCAUCAACCGUGAAGCUGGAGUUUCCUGCCUUCUGCGUCUUCUCAUGGCAUUAGCUGUGAAGCUGAGCGUCCCCCUAAACUGCUUCUUGUCUGCCCUGUCAGUAAUCGUGCAGUAGCAGUGCUAACUGCUUUAGCUGAACUAAACACAAAGCACCAAUCGGUAGUUAAUCGCUGAAUAUUAAAUGAGGGCUGGUUCUUGGCUGGACACUGCAAUCAGCUUGGGAUGCAUUUGACCAAAAGUAUUAGAGGAAGCGUUUCUUUUCAUAUCUAUUGCAGAAUAUUCUAAUCCCAUCCUUAACUAAAACAAGACAGUAUAAGAGUGUAAAACCUAAACUCAAUGGGUGCCACGGUAGAGUGUGGUCAGCACGACACUGUUACAGAUCAAAGUGUCGGAGUUCAGUUCCAGCGCUAUCUGUACUUUGGCCAUGUGAGUUUCCUACAAAGACGUAGGGUAAAUUGUAAAUUGUCCUGCGAUUAGACCAGGCUUAAAUAGGUGGUUUUGCUGGGUGCUGUGGCUGGUUGAGCCAGAAGAACCUGUUCUGCGCUGUAUCUCUAUAUAAAAUAAAAAUUAUGGAGCUUUAACUGAAUGUCUGCUUGCAAAGGAAAAGAUAAUCUGACUGAGAGAGCAGGAAGGAGGUUAAAAGUAAAAUCUGAUGAAGCUGUUUGGCAAUAUAUGCCGUGCAUUUUUCAGAGCAGUUUCACUCCCUCCUCUCAGCCAGGCAACUCCUAAAUUAAGGUGUGGGUUUUGUACAAAAGAUGCAAGUUAUCUAUUGUGCCUGAAAGGUUAAGCGGUAUCGGGAAAUUAAUGCACUAUGCUCUCUGCAGAAAUGGUUGGAUUUUGCAAAAAAAAAGGAAAAUAGUUGUAUUUGACCUUGAUGUGGGUAGGGGAAAGAUGCUUCUAAUAGGAGAAUGUGCCUGAUUUUAUUAUAAAGUUAUGCUGAAGAGUUUUAACGAAUUCAAGAAUGUCAGCUGAGCUCUUCCAUUUGUAGCUGAGAUAGCCAGUGUCUUUAUUGUAAGGUUGAAAUGCAUAAGUUAUAUUGUUACAGAGUUCCCCUGGAACCUGAGCUGUGAAUAUCCCUCAUUCUUUUGUGGCCUCCUUUUAAGCCCAUCACCCAACAGAGACAUAGGCCGCCAACAGCACUCACCAGAGUCCUUUGUCCUGGGCCGAUAGAAGAUUGAUCAGCCCUGUGGCUUCAGCUUUCACCACAUGACUUCAUAUGUCUUCUAGGCAAAGAUCCUUCCUCUCCCACAGAUGAGGUCUUUGGAGCUUCUGUUGGCAUUUGUGUAGCGCUGUGUUUUUACGGGAUGCUAUCUAGCCUCAUGCCCAACACUCCUCUUUCACAGCUGGGUUAGGGACCGUCCAUGGUGGAGUUUUUCUGGCCUGAUGACCAGUAAAAUCUCAUGUUUCGAUCAUUGCUGAGUUUGCAGAUGUUAGUGAUGGGUUCUAGUCGGUCUUAACUGGCUGGACUAAAUUGUCAAUGUCAAACCUUUCUGUAUAUGGAUGAAAAAAUGAUGGUAUGAAAAACUAUGUACUAACUAUUUGAGUUACAAAGAUUUGGCUGUGAUGCCAGAGUGAAGCAUUAAUCUUUAUAUAAAUGAAAUCAGAUGAAUUGUUGCAAUUCAGGAAAGUUAAGGUGAAACCCAAGUAGUUAAAUUAAGCUGUAUAUCCAAUGUCACCUACCUUUAAUUCACUAGAUUGUUCUUUCUCAUUACUUGGACUCCUUUCAUUUCAUGGCAUGAAGUAUCUAACCCCCACAACAUCUCACCCCCCCUUUUACUCCCCUGGCAAACUCCUCCCAUGCACUCCUCCCACAAAAUGUCUCCACUGUUGAUCAAACAUGAGACAUCUGUGGUCACAAGUUUGACAGGUGAGUUAACGUCAGCUCAGUGUUGUUGACCACACCCUGCUUGAUGCAUUGGUUUAAACCAUUUAGUUUCCUGACACACACACGGCAUUCUACAGCACAAGGUCUGGUGUGUUUCUCCAUUUCUCACCCUUUCCUACCCCUUCACUUUCACUGCCUAUAUCUCUAAACUGGAUGGCCACAACCCCUAUCUCUUAUGGUGUAGGGAAUUGUGUUGACAACUGUAAUUCAAGCCUUGCUUUAUACAGUCAAACCGAGGGCAUUUUGUAGAUGGUGAGAACCCUUUCCAAAUGUUUACUUGGAGUUACUGACUUUGGCCUUUUUGCAAAUAGCAGAUAUUUCCAGAAGUCUGCUUUGCUUGGCCCUGUCCUUGUGCUGCCUUUGACAGGUAUGGGUGGUGGUUGAAGGGAACCAGGGUGUAAAUGGCACUGGAUUUUGGCAUGCACUUAAAAAUCUGUUGUAAAAAUAGUUUAUUAAUGUGCACGGUAUGGCUGGCUGCCUUAAGCAGUGAUGGUUUUUGGUCAAUGUUUCUACGAAAGACAAUAGAUGUUUGUAAUUGAAAGGUAUAUAUUUAUUGCUAUCAGCUGAGGUUAAAUUAGGGUUCUCUGUGUAGGAAAUUAAUUUAAGAAAAUUUUCUGUGCACUUAUAGCAAAACUUUUUUUCAUCCUGAAAGCAAUGUUAAACGCUACACUGCAAUGGCAGCAUUCAUAGUUUUACACUGUUUGUAUGAAAAAUGGACAAGCAUCAAUGUCACAGUUAGCAGUACAACAGUAAUUUGUGAAUGAAAUAUUAAACGGGUGCCUUUGAGAAUCAAUAACAAUAGCCUGUUCAUUUAACCAGCUCCUCUUGCAGACCAUUCAAAAUUAUUUCCCCAAUUUGUAUUUUCAAAUACAACAACUGAAAGAUCA